ACGAUUUAUGAUUGCUUAUCAAACAGACCAUGAGAGUAUUAGACUAUACAUAAUCAACAAAAAUCAAAGGCCCAACCUUACUAGUUCCGGUACAGCCUUCUACGAGUAGGAUUAGAGCUUAUUCACUUUUAAGUUUAAUCAAGCCCAUUUCAUCUUCAAUCAUUCCUUAUCAAAAGAAUAAAAAAUUGUACCGCCAAAAAUUAAAAUAUGAUUUAUUUUUGCGUAAUAAGAUUAGUUUUCAGCAAAAAAUUUGCUAUCCCACCUAAAAAAAAACCCAAAGAAAUCAACUCAAAAACACACUCAACUCAUCAACAAUGGAGUCAACAACGAAGAUCACCAUUCUUCACAACGCACUAAUCGUAACCAUGGAUUCCGAGCUCCGAGUUUUCGAAAAUGGCGCUGUUGUCUUCGACGGCGAUAAAAUCACCGACAUCGGAAAAUCCGACGAUAUUCUCCGCCAUCACCGUGCUUCCGACGCCACUCUCCACGACCUGAACGGCCAAUUCGUUCUUCCUGGGUUUGUGAACACGCAUGUUCAUACGUCGCAGCAGCUAGGAAGAGGGAUUGCAGAUGAUGUUGAUUUGAUUACUUGGUUGCACGGUCGAAUUUGGCCUUAUGAGUCUCAUAUGACUGAGGAAGAUUCCUUCAUUUCUUCUUUGCUUUGUGGAAUUGAGCUCAUUCACUCUGGGUUACGUCUCUACACAAUGCUCUUAUUUACUUCAAUCCUAGAUUUCGCUUAUACUAAGGUGACUUGUUUUGCAGAAGCAGGGGGGCAGUAUGUCUCUGGAAUGGCUAAAGCAGUAGAGUUGCUUGGCUUACGUGCAUGUUUAACAAAAUCAAUUAUGGAUUCUGGUGAGGGUCUGCCGGCUUUGUGGAGUUCUCAAACUACUGAUCAAUGUAUUCAGUCUCAGAAAGAACUUUAUGAGAAGCACCAUGACACUGCAGAAGGACGGAUCAGGGUAUGGCUUGGAAUUCGGCAAAUUUUGAACUCUACUGAUCGCUUGCUCUUGGAGACCCGGGAUCUGGCUAGGGAAUUGAACACUGGAAUUCACAUGCAUAUUGCUGAGAUUUCAUAUGAGAAUCAAUUUGUUGUCGACACAAGAAAAGUUGAUCACGGAACAGUGACUCAUUUGAAGAAGAUAGACUUCCUCCAAAGUAAUCUACUGGCAGCUCACAGUGUUUGGGUCAACGAUAAUGAGAUUGGUUAUCUCUCAACGGCUGGGGUGAAAGUAUCUCAUUGUCCAGCUGCAGCAAUGCGGAUGCUUGGAUUCGCACCUGUUAGGAAAAUGAUUGAUGCUGGAGUUUGUGUCUCUCUUGGAACGGAUGGAGCUCCAUCAAACAAUAGGAUGAGCAUUGUUGAUGAAAUGUACCUAGCUUCACUGAUAAAUAAAGGCCAUGAAGUAUUUACAACUGGAACGACAGAUCCUACAGCUCUGUCUGCUGAAGUUGUUUUUAGAAUGGCAACUAUAGAUGGUGCUAAAACUGUGCUAUGGGACAAUGAGAUAGGAUCACUUGAAGUUGGUAAGAAGGCUGACAUUGUCAUUAUUGAUCCUUGCUCUUGGACUAUGGCUCCAGUUCAUGACUGCAUAUCUAGCCUUGUGUACAGCAUGCGAACUGAAAAUAUCUUAUCUGUUAUAUGCAAUGGAAAGUGGAUCAUGAAAGACAAGAAGAUCUUGAAUGUGGACGAGAAAGAAAUCAUUUUACAAGCAAAGAAAGCUUCAAAAGAACUUUUGGAAAGGGCUGGCAUUAGUAUUCCAAAAAGAAUGAAGAUGAUCUGAUCUGUCCUUCAAGAAAGUCUCUGCCUUGUCCAUGAUCUGUUUUGUCGACUCACUUCUGAAGAUUUGCCUAAGAAAUUGCAUGAAAUGGCCCGUAUUUGGUGUUUGAGUUCUUGAUUUGCUUUUUGAUUUCGAUUCAAUAUGUUUUUGAAGUUGUAUCUUCUGGAAAUAUGUGAGCAUAAACUCAACUAGGUUUGCCGUCUCAGCUUCUCUCAAGUCUCAAGGCAACAACACCAACCUUUUAGCUUCCUUGUAAUCGUGCUUGGUGGCGUUGGUGUCAAUGAUGUGCAUAAUUUGUGGCGUUGGCAGAGUACGUGGAAUCGAUUCAAUUUUGAUUUAACUUUGUGGAAUCAAUGGCAAUGUUUAGGGAGUAUUUCAAAAAGAUAAAUUACUUCGGGGUAUGUUUAGUUCACCUUAUUUUUGUUUAUGGAGGAUCUGGUUUUAUAUGCUUAAUUUAUUUUAUUAAACUUUGACUUCUACGUUAAUGGAAAAAAACAAUACUAUCAAAUGGGUUUUAUUAGAUUUGUAAUAAUUUGGAUUCUUUUA